AUGUCUACGACCAGCUCUCAGACCUAUAUCGAACAUCGCAUGGAACUGUUGUCUUCGCUGAUCAUCGAUGACCGCUCCCCCCUGCCGCAAAACCAUGCGACUCCGCCGUCACAUAACAUUGUCACCAUACACUGCGAUCAUUUCCCAAAGCUGAACUUCCUGACGCUCCGCGACAUCGGACCCGUAGCAAGGAUAGUCAACGGUCAUUCCUUGACGUCGCUCAAGUUGCAAGCCCUGUUACACGAUACGUGGGAUGAACUAUUCGACUUACUCAGGAGCUGUCCAGCUCUGGAGUAUCUCAAACUGGCCUCCCUCGAAGCAGAAUCAACUGCUAUAGAUGAUGGUGCUAGCCAUCAUAUCGUGGAAAUGCGGCACCUCCGAACCCUCACACUCAAAGACUUUUGCGAACCUAGGGGCAUGUUAAGUCUCCUCGCAUACUUCGCCCUUCCUCGCACUGCUAGGAUCAACGUUUCCACAUACAUGAACGCAGGAGACAUCGACGACGAGCCUGGCGGUUCAGGGGAAACAGUGUUCGCGCACAUGUUUCCCGAGGACAAGACAUCCUCGUCCGUUUUCUCUGACAUCCGGAGUAUGCAAAUUGUACUCAGCCAUAAGUGCCUAGACCUAGGGGCAUCGACGUCGAAAGUGCCUUCGGCUGACACCUAUUCGAUCACCGCAUCGUGUAACCUAGUGGGAAGCCAGUUCAACCCAAAAUCUAUUCAGAAACAAAUCAUGCUCGAGCUGUGCACAGCGUUGUCCACGUCGCUGAAAACGCUGCACAUCCAUGUGGAGGCUCAUGAUGACUACGGUGGGGGCUCAGCGACCGAGAGCUGGAAGAGCUUAUACACCGCAUUCCCUCGACUUGAAUACCUCUACGCUGGCGGUCCAUCCAUCAGCUUUUUCGCCGACUUCCUACGCGACUUGGGCCCCGAUCUACCAGUGCAGCCUUCCCCGCUGCCGUGGCCGAAGCUGAAGCUGAUCAAAUUCGCGAACACAUCGACGAAAGAGGAUCCAGUGGAGUCGGAGGUCCUUAUACAAUCCAUCACUACCUCGUUAUGCAAUCGCCGAGAUGCUGCCUCAGGGAAAUGCUUGCGUCGUCUCACCCUGGUGUUUCCAGAGGCGCCGCCGCGUCUAGAGACGUACCUGGGACAGUUGCGGCGCGUAACAGCAAAGCUCGUAUACACCGUUCGCGGAGAGCGAAUAGUGUUGGAUAACGGUGUACCAAUUGCCGGGUAG